AUGUAUGUCGUCACGCCGACAACAACUGGUGACGACGUCCCAGACAUCUCAAUUAUUCACGUUGAUUGUAUCUUUUGCGUUGCCCAUCUCAUUCCAGUCUAUGGCCUGGACUUUAUCCCAAAAAUAAGUCCACACAACUCAUAUGACAUGUUCAGCUCGUACUAUGUCAACAGAUACGCAGAUCACCACGCUUUUGAAAUAGCGUGA